CCACUACUCCUACUAUAAUUUUUGCCUUGUGGUGCGGUUGGCGCUGAAGAGCAAGGAAGGAAGUGUAGUAGUAUCACCAUCAGCUCGCAAUAAUACCUGCACGCCCAUUUUGUUGUGUAGCCCUUGUCAGCGAACCUCACAGCUGAAACCCCCACCCACCCCGGCCCCCUCUCCAUUCCCACCUCCAUCGAUCAAUAUUUCCUUGCUGCGUGCUUCGUCUCUAGCUGACUAGUAGCCGCCUUUGCUUGCGCGCGUGUUGAUCUGUAGACCGGCCGGGGAGAAGGAGAUCAAUUCAUGGCUGGCGCGGGCGGUGGGGCUGCUGCGGCUGCGGCGGUGCAGCCGGCCGCUGCGGGCGCGGGGAGGAGUAGCUCUUCGUCGGCCGGAGGCGCUGCCGGUGCCGUGGCGGACCCACGGGCGGAGGCGCUGCGUUGCCCACGGUGCGACUCGGCCAACACCAAGUUCUGCUACUACAACAACUACUCGCUGUCGCAGCCGCGCCACUUCUGCAAGGCCUGCAAGCGCUACUGGACGCGCGGGGGCACGCUCCGCAACGUCCCCGUCGGUGGAGGCUGCCGCAAGAACAAGCGCUCCAGGAGCAGCAACGGAGGGAGCAGGCCUGCCUCCUGCGCCAUCGUCGCAUCCUCCAACGCCGGCGUCACGUCGUCUACCUCCAUCUCCAUGUCGCUCCCGCCGCCGGGCUCCCUGUCCUCGGCGCUGGGCCUCCACGGCCACGGCCACGGGAGCAGCUCCCUGGCCUCGCUGCUGCUCGGGAGCGGCGCCUCGGGCGGCGACCACCUCGGCCUCUUCCACGCCAUGCAGUCGGUCGUCUCGGACGCUACCGCCUACGAGAUGCACCAGCAGCACCAGAACCAGGUGGAUCAGCUGCUGGGGCUAGGCUACGGCGACGGCAACGGCAACGCCUCGCAGAUCCACAUCAAGCCCUGGCAGCACCACCUUCAAGACGGAGCUGGCGGUCUCUUUGACGGCUUCUACGGGCCACUGCUGUCCGGCUCCAUUGUGCCGGGACUGGAGGAACUGCAUGUGAAAGCCGAAGCUACUGCCGGCGAGCACCACCACCAGCAGCACAAGAAGGCGACCGAUGGGGAUCAGGAGAGCUGGGAUCAACAUCCGACGUCCUCGUCUAACGUCGAGGCUAACAUCAUGGCCUCGGACGCCCUCAUGGCCGCCGCUGCCGCAGCGUCCAUGAACCCGGCGGUCAGCAACGCUGCCACGGCGCCCGCGUCCUCCCCCCUCAUGUACUGGGGCAACGGGGGCAUCGGCGGCUCGCCUGCGGCGUGGUCGGAUAUGGCCAACUGCGGAUCCUCCAUUGCAACCUUCUUCUAGCCGGCCGUCCAGUGAGUCUCGAUGGAUGGAUGGCUAGCCAGCUCGUUGGUCGUUAACACUUGUUGAUUUCUCUCCUCCAUUUUUUCGUUUAACUUUUUCCUUGACUAAAAUAACAUGUAAUUUGUGGGGGGAAAGCUAAGAUGAGAGAGAAUACUCUGGGUAGCUAGAGAGGGAGAUGAUUUCGGAGCAGUUAGAUCCAAAAAAGAAAAAGAAAAAAAGACUCAUAGGGUUUGUUCUCUUUCGCCGAGAGAUGGAUCCACCAGUCCAUGUUCUUCUGCGGCAUAGCCUUCAAUCGAUAAUCAAGAAUACGAGGGCAUGCAUGCUUAGAUCAAGGCGGAGAAGCUAGAGGGAAGUGCGUAAGCAAGUGUAAGUCUAGAUCACUCCUGGCUAUACUACUUGAUUUGCUGCUUCUCCUUCCUUGGGUGUUUUGUAUAUAAGGCAUAUGGUGUAGAUGUGGGGAGGAUAUAUGAGAGCUAGCAUGUAGCAACAAUGGCGGUGCAAGUAAUGAGCUUCUCUCUCUAGCUUUCUCGCUCAUCUUGGCAUUUUAUUUAGUGUGUUUAAUUGGUUACUCCAAUUUGCCAACUCGUUAGAUCGAUGUAUAAGUUAAUACUAGUACUCCUCCCUUGGAAGCUUAAUUAGAGAACUGUUUUUGAGUUCUCAAGCAUUGGUCACCUUUUUAAGGGUUUCUUCUUUCUUUUUCUCCAUCUCUCUCUUCUAGAGUGGAUUUCUUUCAUUUUCUUGGGGUUAUCUUUUGUUCAAACUCUGUUGUACCAGUGAUGACAUUGUGAGUUAUGAGAAAUUAAAACUGGUACUGUUGUCCUGA